UUUGGCUUUGAAGUUGGGGCUCGAACUGCUGUUGAAAUUUUGCGAAUUUUUUAUAGUUUUUCACAAUUUUUGUGAAUUUUGUGAUAAGAAUAAAGGUGAUAAGAGCAACCUAAAGUCGUUUACGAAUUUCCGUUGAAAAAGAGGGCCCGAAAAGUGUAACAAACUUGGAGAACCGAAGCGCGAAAGAUCUUGAAAAAAGCCGGUCUAAAAAGACGGAAAAAACUUCUAAAUCUUUUUACAGCACCGCUGGAAUCAGCUCACAAUCAACCCUAGAGAGUACCGAAAUCUGCCACCGAGACUCGGGAUUCUUGGAAAGAAAACUAUCGAAAACCGGCAAUUUUCCGGCAAAUAAGAUUACGGGUAGCCUUCAUAAUUAUUAAAGACAACGAACAGAUUGCAUUUAAUCAGCCUCACAUUCGGAAUAUCCGUAUCCGUGCAGAAAAAUAGUAGAAGAACCCGUCAUCCCGUCUAAAAAUAGACGCCAUCAUCACGCCAAGAUCUUCUCUCGAAUAAGAUUAUCUACGACAAAAUCAUCGACGAUGGCUUCGGCGAAGAGCCCCCAAGAUCUGCUCGUCGCAUACACAAAGUGCGUUAACUUUGCAGCUAUAAAACAUCGCGACCAACGACGCAAAGAUAAGGAGGAAACGCCUUACAUAAAUCAUCCGAUCGGGGUAGCCAACAUUCUGUCUUCGGAGGGUGGUAUCAAUGAUUUCGAUGUACUGUCGGCCGCGAUACUGCACGAUACCGUCGAGGAUACCGAAACGACGUUUGAAGAAAUCGAAAAACAUUUCGGUCCAACGAUUCGAUCGCUGGUGCAAGAGGUAACGGAUGAUAAAUCGCUUCCGAAGCAGGAACGGAAGCGCCUGCAGAUAGAACAUGCACGUACCAUUAGCCACGGGGCACGGUUAGUGAAGUUGGCGGAUAAGAUCUACAACUUGCGCGAUUUGCAACGCUGCCCGCCCAAAAAUUGGAACGACGAACGGUGCCGGGAGUACUUCCGUUGGGCGAAACAGGUUUGUGAUAAUCUGAAGGGCACGAAUGAACCACUAGAACGCAUUCUGGACGAUAUAUUCCGGCAGGAAAAUGUUAUUUAA